AUGUCUUCCAAGCUUCUUGAUGCGUCAAAUGACCAGAGAGGGAGAAGCAGCUCUUUCGUUGAGAAGUUGACGUCGAAGUGGCAUUUCAAGUCGAGAGAGCCAUCUCGACACCGACUCCAGCCCGAACAAGAUUCUACGUCCAAGUCGCCAGAGCAAAACGUCACUGCUUUCGUGCAGAAUAAGCAUGCAUCUAUCGUGGUGUCGUCCACGUUCACGGAUACCACGUCCGCAGGCGUAGAGCGCACUGUUAUCACGUCAGCUGUCACUGAAUUAAAUCUACCUGUCGUAUCGAAAACACCCAAAGUUGACGAAAACGCUCGACCCGAUGGAAGUGUUGCCAAGCGCAACUUGGAUCAAAUUGGAUUUACAGAUAUGUCGAGUGCCGCUUACCAUGAAGCCGUCCUGGAUCUUGGAGAAGAGGUAGAGGGUGUUAUAUUGAAAGGCGAAAACAUCGAGACGCUCUUGCGCAACUUGGAAAGGGCUAGCGACGAGGCCGUCGGUGACUCUAUCUUCUGGCGCGGCGUGCGAAGAUUGCAGACACCACUGAAGAACUUCAAGUUGGCAUUGGAUUUGGCCAGUCCGCUCGCCAGUAUCCAGCCCGCCGCAUCAACAGCUGUUGGGAUUGUCAGCUGCGUCACUGCAAUUGCUAUUGGCAUUUGCGCAGCUGAAGACUCGUUCAAGUCUGGUAUCAUUAGCGUUCUGGAGCGCAUCCCGAUCAUCGACGACUGUGAUACCUUGGGUCAGAAAGUAGACACGGAGAACGGAAUUCACAGGGCGCUUGUCCCAGUCUACAAGGAUCUCUUGAACUUUUACGUCGCGGCGCAUCAUAUCUUGACAAGUGAUGCGUUUAGGCUCGCUCUAAUUUGUGAGAAGCUCAUGGAUCGGCUGCCGAAGAUUGUCGAGGACUUUGUAACGCAUGCCGGCCUCCUGCGCGACACCAUUCAAACGGCGACAUCGUUGCUGGUAGCAGAUAUCCAAAAAUUGCUCCAGGAUAAUAAGAUCCAAAAGUUACUAGGUGUUGACAAAGACGAGCAACGCAGCAAAUUCCACGCUGACCUUCGUGAUCUUCGUGUCAGUGAUGCUUGCGAAUGGAUCAUCUCUAUUUCAAGUUCCGCGAAUGCGAACACCCAGUUCCCUCAUCCCUUCAUAUGCUACCAUUACUGCUUGAAGAAUGAAAGAGGAACAGCACUCUACGUCUUUUCAAGUCUCAUCUUGCAGCUGCUCGAUCAGCAAAGACGCCUCAAGGUUGAAUUCGAUAAGUGGUAUGAGAGAACGAGGGAAGCUGGGCGCUUAGAUCCUGCACAGUCUUCCGUAGAUCUCGGCAAGUUCAUAUCAGCCUGCGUGGAGUCUCUCGAUAGAGAACUGUUUAUCGUCAUUGACGCCCUUGACGAGUGUGACGGUGGGUCACAGAACGAGAUUCUCGCUCUGCUCGGCAGUCUAUCAAAGCAGACGCAAAGAUUCAAAGUCUUCAUCUCAUCUCGCCCUCAGAACGGGAUCGAAGAUCUUCUGCCCGAAGUGACCGCGAUCCGUGGUCUCCGAGUCGGGAACGUGACGCGAAAAUCGUGA